AUGGAAAUAUCCUGCUUACAUCUUAAUAGAAAAAUUUCAGCUAUAGAAGAAAACCUAGCCGCGUCCAAAUGGGGAAAAGGCCGAGUUCAAGCACUUUGUGCGUGGUUUGAAAUGAAAGGUCGUUCAGAAUAUAGUGAAAGUCCAAUGGAGGAGGAAACUGGUGAGAUAGAAAAAUCGCCUGUACAAUAA